AUGGCUCUAGCACGACUGGACUGGGUAGCCCGUGCUCGCGGCUUCCUGCCAGACCAACAGACGGGCUUCCGGCGGCGGCGGUGCACUGCAGACUCCAUCGCUGACAUGGUGUCCACGCUGGAGGACGCCAAGGCCGGCGGGGACCUCGUGAUGCUCUUGCUGAUCGACAUACAGGGUGCCUUCGAAAGCCUCCCUCACGCAGUUGUCCAGCAGGGCCUGGACCUCCUCGGCAUCUGUGGCAACCUGCGCGGGUUCCUCUCGCCGUUCCUGCACAAUCGCACCCUCAGGAUACGUGUGGGUCAAUCGAAGAGCACACCCCGUCCAGUCGCUGCUGGUGUACCACAGGGGUCAGUGGUGAGCCCCUUCCUUUUCAACCUGGCCAUAGCACGGUUGCCUGCUGCCCUGCCGAUCGAACCUCACUUCCCUGUGCAGUCCUCAAUCUACGCGGACGACAUCGCCCUACGGAGAGCCCUGGACACUGCGGAUGCCUGCUUGUGCAGCAUCGGCCUCACCAUCUCGGCCAGGAAGACCGAGGCCUUGCUACUGCAUCCCAGAGCAUCAGCCCACUGCUCAGCUGUCCGGCUGCGCUUAGAGGCCGUCCAGAUCCCAUGGAGCAAGGCAGCCACCUACCUGGGGCUGCGCAUUGACCAUCGGCUGACCUGGCUGCCGGCUACAAAGGCCCUGUGCGCCCAGACGCUUCGGGUCCGCAAGGCGGUCUCACAGCUCCUUGCCCGUGGACAGGGCUGUACCACCAGGUGGGCCCUGCAGCUAUUUGAAGCUGCAGCCACUUCACGGCUACUGUAUGCCCUCCCUCUAGUGGCGCUGCCCCCACCCCGCCUGCGGAAACUGGAGCUGCAGCACCGGUCAGCCGUACGGCUCUGUCUUGGCGUUCCCCGAACCUCACAAGUGGCCGCCACUUUUGCUGAGGGAGGUGCCUGGCCCUUGUCAUUACUCUUCCUGCAACAGGGGCUACGACACAUUGAUCGCCUACACCAUGCCGCAGAUGGUCAAGCACUCCUGACCCGCCUACGCUCCUGGCCAGCAUCACACAUGGGACGGCUGUGUGGCCUCUAUAAGGAAGUCAUAGGGGACACGCCUGCAAACGCUGUACAGCAUCGCCCACCACAUCGGCCACCAAUUCCUAUUUCGACGGAGCUGCCAGGUGUCUCGAUGAACUGUUCCCCAGCAUGUGCCCUACAGCAGACGGCAGCCUCUCUCCUCCAAGAGAGACUUGGGGACCACCUUCACAUCUUCGUCGAUGGAUCCGUGAUACCGGACGCGGGCUCAUCCACCGCAGCCUGCGUUACACCGGCCCUACAAAAGAGCAAGCUGUGCCGUCUCUCGGGACAUGCAAGCUCUACCGCAGCAGAGCUAGCAGGACUCCACCUUGCUGUGGACCUACUUGCAGAGGAGCUACCAGCAACCCCGGCAGCCAUCUUCUGCGACUCCAAGGCAGCGCUGCUCUGUCUGCAGAACCCUAAGAGAGCUAGCCUUGGGGUUGCGCUGCUCUCUUCAAGACUGACGGCCUUUCAGGACGCAGAAUGCUCACUAUCCCUGCAUUGGCUACCGGCACACCCCGCCGGCACCGCCUUGGGAAAGCCACCUCGCCAGCCUGUGCCUCUUGUGGUGAACCAGAGACUCCGGAGCACCUCCGGCUGGCCUGCCCUGCUCACAUGCAGCACCGCGGCCGACUUCUGCAAGAGUUCCACCGCCUGCGGCUCCCAUGUUCACGACAGGAAGAUAUCCUCUUCCCCUGUCGUAAUCAGCUACCGGCCUUCCUAA